CUCCCAUUCAAUGUGUUAGUUUACUUCCGGUUGUCACACGUGUGUGGAAAAACAAUCUUUAUCGGAGCUUAAUUUAAGGAAUAAAGAUCAGCCAUGGUGAAUAAGAAGAAGAUUGGAAAAGCCCGAAAGGACAAGUUUUACCACUUGGCCAAAGAGAGUGGUUUCCGGGCUCGUUCAGCAUUUAAGCUGAUUCAGCUCAACAGAAAGUUUGAAUUUCUUCAGGGUUCAAGGGUAGUGAUAGACCUGUGUGCAGCCCCUGGUGGGUGGUUACAGGUGGCCACUGAGAAUUGUCCAGUGUCCAGUCUCAUCAUAGGUGUGGACUUGGUGCCUAUCAAACCUAUCAGGAACUGUGUGACUCUAGUCAAUGACAUCACAACAGACAAGUGCCGACAGGAGCUCCGUAGAGAGAUGAAAACCUGGAAAGCAGACUGCGUUCUUCAUGACGGAGCACCUAACGUAGGCAUGAACUGGGCACACGAUGCUUUCCAGCAGGUGCAGCUCACACUGCAGGCUCUGAAAAUUGCGACAGAAUUCCUUAGAAAAGGGGGUUGGUUUGUGACGAAGGUGUUCAGAUCCAAAGACUACAACUCUCUCCUGUGGGUCCUACAGCAGCUCUUUAAGAAUGUGCACGCGACCAAACCCCAGGCGUCCAGAAACGAAUCAGCUGAGAUCUUCGUGGUUUGCCAACACUUCCUGGCCCCUGACAAAAUAGACCCUAAAUUUCUGGAUCCCAAAGCUGUUUUUAAAGAAGUAGAUGAUAAUCCUAACACUGCCUUGGAUUUAAUCCACCCUGAGAAAAGGACACGACACAGAGAUGGGUAUAAAGAAGGAGACUACACGCUAUUUCAUUCAUUGCCAGUAAGCCAGUUUUUUGCAAGCGAAAACUUUCUAGAUCUUUUAGCUGAUGCCAGCGAAGUAAAAUUUGAUGACAAAAGUAUCGAAAACCAUCCUUCCACUAUAGCUGAAUUGAAAGAAUGUUUGAAGGAUAUUAAAGUUCUUGGUAAAAGAGAAAUCAAGAUGGUCAUAAAUUGGCGCAAGAAAAUCAAGAAAGAAAUAGAGGAUGAAAAAAAGGCAGAAAAUGUUGACAAGGUAGAAGAAAAGGAAAAGAAACCUGAAGAUGAUGAUGAUGAUGAUGACAUGGAAAAACUUGAAGCUCAGUUGGCAGAGUUACAGGGGGAACAAAAAAAAGUCCUUAAAAGAAAAAUAAAGAAAACAAGAAGAGAGAGAGCUAAGUUGCAGCAUAAAAUGGAUAUGAAGAUCGUACUUCCUGAUGACAAAAUUGACAUGGAAGAAGAUCGGGAACUAUUUAAUCUGGAUAAAAUCAAGACUAAGAACCAGCUUGAAACAGUUGAGGAAGCUGAUCUCAGUGACGCUUCAGACGAGGAGGAAGAAGAGGAAGUUCCAGCUAAAAAGGGUAAAAAGGUUACUUUUGAUAAAGAAGACAAGAAAUAUAAUCUUGCCAGUGAGAUGUCAGAUGAUUCAGAUGAGGACAACGAGGAAGAAUAUGAUGACAGUGAUGGCUCAAUUUCAUUAGAUGAAGCGGGUGAAGAAGAUAAUCCUUUACUAAUUGGAAGACAGAGUAAAAAAUCUAAAGCUGACAUGUGGUUCAGCAAGGACACAUUUGCAGGUCUAGAAGAUGACGAUGAUGAAGACAUGGAAAUUGAAAAUAUGGCUGAAGCUUAUUCAAAGAAAGGUGGCGUUAUAAAAGGUGUUAAUGAUCAGGAUGAUGAUAUGAUUAUACCAGAAGAAAAAGUAUCUGAUAUUAAGAAAACCAAGAUUGAACAAAAUAAGAAAGGAUCAGAAAAUGAUGGAGACAGUGCUAUUGGAAGGGGCUCAGGUAUUGAUGAUGAAAGUGAUAAUGAUGAUGAUGAUGAUGAUGAUGAAAGUAGUGAGGAAUCGGAUAGAAAAGACUCAGACAGUGAUAGUGAUUAUGAUACAAAGGAAUUCUACAGGCAACAAAAAGAAUCAUUAAAAGACAGUAACAAAAAAGGGAAGAAGAAUGCCGAAAAGAUAAAAGAUGGAGAUUUUGAAGUUGUUCCAGUAGACCAUGGUCAACCUGUGAAGUUGUCAGCCCAAGGACUUGCACUAGGUGCUGCCAUUGUUUCAUCAAGGAAACGUAGACGAGAGGUUAUUGAGAGUGGCUAUCAUAAAUACAUGUUCAAUGACCCAAACUUACCAGAUUGGUUUGUAAAAGAAGAACAGAGACAUACCAGGGUGCAUUUACCUGUUACCAAAGGUGAAAUUGAGGAGUACAAAAUGAAAAUGAAGGCAGUUGAUGCUAAUCCUAUAAGGAAAAUAGCCGAAGCUAAAGCUCGUAAAAAGAGGAAAAUGGCAAGGCGCUUAGAAAAGGCAAGGAAGAAAGCUGAUGCUAUUAACGAUACAGAAGAGGUCACCGACAGAGAAAAGUGGUCACAGAUAAAGCAGGUUUACAAGAAAGCUGGAUUAUUAAAUGCAAAAAAGAAAGAAGUCACUUAUGUGGUGUCCAAGAAAGGACUGGCAGGGAAGAGGGUUGCUCGACCACAAGGCGUUAAAGGGCCAUACAAAGUGGUCGAUGGUAGACUGAAGAAGGACAUGAAGGGGAAGAUGAGAGCUGAGCAGAGGAAGCAGGGAAAGGGCAAGAGGAGGAGAUAAGCCAGGGUUAAAUUUCAGUGUUUUGUAAUUUUCAAUCCACAGGAUUAUAAAUGACAAGUGCCAAUGGAAGUCUUUUGUGUCGUAAAAGGAUAAUUAAGAUUGUUUGCUUGGAGAAAAGAGAAAUAUCCAUAUGAAAGUGAUGUAUAUCCCAGUUAACUAUGUACUAGUUUCAUAUUUAAUUAUGUAUUUAUGAACAUUUUUUUAAUUACCUUUGACAGAAUAAGGGUAAAGCGGUUACAACAGGUUGAUGUUAUUUCACAGCUGUUCUAUGUAUGCAAUAUCAAGACAAUGGCUUUUAAUAAAUGUUAAAGGAAUAA